AGCGUAUCACCUAAUUUCAUUUUUUAUUUUAGACAAAAUGCCGCGAAAAUAUAAAAGGAAAAUAGGGGCACCCGUUCGUGCUGCUUGGUCUGAAGAAGCCCUUUGCAAAGCUUUUGAGGAAAUGGAUAAAGGCCAAGUCGGUGUAAAUGAAAUAUCUCGUCGUUAUGGUAUUCCAUCUCGAACUUUGAGGAGGCGAUAUGCUAAAAAAAGCUGUAAAAAACUUACUUUGGGAAAACAUCCCACACUGGACUUUGACAACGAGAUACGUCUCGUAGCCCACAUACAAAAAUUAGAAAAGGCAGGAUUUCCCACAACACGACAGGAUGUAAGAAGACUCGCUUUUGAAUUUGCCGAGAAACUGAGUUUGGAAAAUUCUUUUAACAAAGAGACACGUAUGGCUGGUCAGCACUGGCUCAAAUCAUUUCUUGAACGACACCCAGAACUCAGUGUUCGCCAGGCAGAAGGUUUGUCUAUUGCAAGGGCUCAAGGAUUAAAUCGAGAUGAAGUAAACAAAAUGUUUGAAUUGUUGCUAAAAGUACUAACUGAAAAUGAUUUGAUCGAUAAACCUGAUCGAAUUUAUAAUACUGACGAAACUGGAGUUCAAAUGAACAAUAAUCCUGGUAAAGUUAUUGCUACUAAAGGUGCCAAAGUAGUAAAUUCCGUCACUUCUAGCGAAAAAGGUGAGACAAUGUCAAUUAUAGCUUGCUGUAACGCUGUUGGCCACUAUGUUCCUCCGGUGGUCAUUAUCAAGGGGGUCAAUAAAAGACCAGAGUUUCAAGAGGGUCUUCCGCCCGGAGCCAACGUGUACAUGAACAAAAAAUCUGCCUACGUCAACUCAGAACUCUUUCAAAAGUGGCUGAAAGAACAGUUCGUGCCAAUAAAACCACAGGGUAAGGUUUUGCUUAUACUUGAUGGGCAUUCAUCUCACACUACUGCUAUUGAUUUACUAGAAUUAGCACAAGAAAAUGAUAUCAUAUUGUUCUGUUUGCCAAGCCACACUACACAGGCUUUACAACCGCUUGACCGGAGUUUUUUUAAACCUUUCAAAACUUACUUUGCUUCAGAAACUAAAAACUGGAUGUUCAGUCACAAAGAACGAAAAAUAAAUCGAUACAUUGCUGGAAAAUUAAUAGGUAACGCAUGGACUCGCGCUGCUACCUCUUCUAAUGCUGUGAAUGGGUUUCGUGCAUGUGGUAUUUUCCCGUACAAUCCUUCUGCUAUUCCUGACAGCUACUUUGCUAUCUCUGAUAACAGCUUUCAAAAUCUAGAUGAAGGAAACCUUGCUCAAGACCAACCAGUAGCAAGAGAACUCGACGCUAAUGCUGAUGUGACUUCAUAUUAUGUUGAGCCUCAGCCUGGUCCAACGUCAUCAACUGUCAAUAGUGAGCGGGAGCCUGAUUUCGGGUUCUUACUAUAUGAAGAUCUUGCAGCGGACGCAAUUAUUAUUCCCAUGGAAGGAAAUGCCAGUCCGUCCAUCCUUUCUCCGAAUCAUAAUGUUGAAACUGUAGAAGUCAUAACUCCAGGUGAAUAUUAUCUUAAAGAAUGUUCACCGGUCCCAAAAAUUCAAAAUCUAGAUGAAGGCAACCUUGCUCAAGACCAACCAGUGGCAAAGGAACUCGACGCUAAUGCUGAUGUGAAUUCAUAUUAUGUUGAGCCCCAGCCUGGUCCAUCGUCGUCAACUAUUAAUAGGGAGCCUGAAACUGUAGAAGUCAUAACUCCAAGUAAAUAUCUUAACGAAUGUUCACCUAUCCCGAAAAUUCCUGUUCCAUUAUAUAAAAGAGGCAAGCAAGGUGCUGCCGUUUUAAAUUCAGAAGAACAUAUUAACUCUAAGAAAGCUAAGUUGAAAGGUAAAGCUAAGAAGCAAACACCAGACAAACCUAGAAAAAACAACCAAAAAUCAGUUCCUAAAAAGAAAAGACCGAGGUUUAGCUCUGAAAGUGAACAAGAGUUCGAUGAAUCAGAUUCUGACCAGACUGAAUCUGAUAAAGAAAAUACUCAAUGCAGAGAAUGUUUCGAUGACUAUGCAAGUACCAAGUCUACGGCGGACUGGAUUCAGUGCCUGAUGUGUAAACUCUGGUUACACGAAGAUUGCACUCUAUAUGGCGAUUACUGUAAUAGAUGUGGACACAAGAAGAAGAAGCUUGCAGCUCUAAAAGCUAACCUGGCCAAAGUGAAUUCAAAGAAUAAGUAACCUGGCCAAAGUAAACAGUAUCUCUAUAUUUGUUGAUUAUUUGAAAAUUUUGAUUACUGUUAUUUUUUUUUAAGAAGGAAGCUUUGAUUUUUCCCAAAGAAGUCUUAAGGGGCGGAUUUGUUUUAAGUUUUAUUAUUCCUAAAUUUAGUUCUGUAAAGUUUUAAAUAAUUUUUAAUAGACGUUGUUA